GGCUCCUGAGCCCCCGAGAGCACCUUCCAGUGCCUAAAGGGGCUGCGAGACAGAUGGAGAGGGGCUUUUGGUGGGGCGAGGGGGAAUGGCUUCAUGCUGGCAGAGAGCAGGGUUAGGGGAAAUAGUGGGGAGAAAUUGUUCCUGUGAGGGUGAUGGGACCCUGGCACUGGGUGUCCCUGAGUCCCUGGAGGUGCCCAAGGCCAGGUUGGACAGGGCUUGGAGCAACCUGGAAUAGUGGGAGGUGUCCCUGCCCUUGAUGGGGUGGGAUUAGAUGAUUUUUUAAGGUCUCCUCCAUCCCAAGCCAUUCCAGGAUUGCAGGAUGGGGGGAUUGUGUCAGACUGGGGCUCCACACAGGAAUUCCUUGGCCAGUCCUGCCAGAGCAGCCAGUGCACAUCCUGAAGGCUUUGCUUUACCUGGCUGUGAGGUUUGCAAACAUUGGUAUUUCUUUUUCCUAAUUUUUUUAAACGAGGUGCUGAAAAAAUAGAAAACCUGCAAAAUUCAGUGUCUAAGCUGUGUUUCCCAGUAGGAAAUGGGUUUAGCUUGAGCUGGGGGAGCAGUGUCCCACUCAGUGUCCCCCCACCCCACUGAGAUGUGGCUGGGCAAAGGGGUGCUGUGCCUGCCCUCAGUGCUUGGAGCUUUAAAAGAAACCCAAAUCGACAGCAGAUGAAAGAAACCACCACAACCUCUGCAGCUAAGUCCACCUGUGGCCAUUAAUCACGCCCCUAAAAAUAUAUUGCUGUGUUUAAUCCCAAACCACAAAUUUACUGUCUAAAGAAUUAUCAGAAUAAAUACUUCUAACAGUAAGGACCAUUUAAAUCACUGGUGUGUACUAGCAAACCUCAAAACUGCUCCAAAGGCAGUUUUUUCUUUCCUUGCAGACCAAUUUAAACCUGCCAACAAUAGCCUUUUUUUCCUUAGCUAGCACAAAUACCCCCUACCCCAUAUAUGACCUGAGUUUGGUAAAAAUGGACUUUUUCCAAAGCAAUAUUUUAAAUAACAUAAAAGAGAUUUCCCAGCUCAAAAUCCUUUAUAGGUGAGUAGUACCUUUUAUAUGUCUUUUUUUUCCCUUAAUAUUUUGCCUGAAACUGACAGGUGAAGUUUGUGCUUGGGACUGAGCACUGAAAUGAAAUGAAAUCUCCCAUUUAUACAGAGCUACAGCAUUUUAAUCAAAUAAGCUGUAGAAAAAGUUGUAUUUACAUGAGAAAAGUAGAGGUUUUUGUUGAUUGAUUCAAGCAUUGUGUGUUGGGUGUAAGAAUUGCUUUUCCAGGGAGAAGUCAGGUGCUAUCAAUGACAAUUCUUGUUGCUAAUGUGUUUUUUCCAAAUUCUGAUUUGCACAAGGUUUUGGUUUUGGCACUUUUCCCUGCCUUACUCGUCAAAGUUAAGAAAUCAUAAUUUGCAGUUGUUCAGGAUUAUUGUUGUUAAGGAAAUAAGAAAUGGCAAUGGAAGAGAGGAUUUAGUGACAUGGGGUACAAACCAGAGCUUUAACUCAUGGCUGGAGCUGAGAAGUCAUUUUGAGCCAUCAGAGACAUGAUGGGAAAAGCCCCUGUGACUGCCUGGGUCAGCAGGGAGCUGAUCCUCCUAAAAACUGGCUGAACACUGCAAGAAACCUUUGUUUUAAGCCCAUGCAGUUUCUUGAUCUCAUUUACAGAAAGUCCACACAAGGCAUGGAGGGGAGCAAAUGGGUUGGCAGAUGAGGGCAGGAUUUUGGUGAUAAUACUGAGAUUCCAUCUGGAAAUGGUGAUGAGGACCCAGCACCUGCUCGAGGAGAGGAUGUGGAUGGAUAGGAGGUGUCAUAUCAAGACUUGAAGUUACCACACAGCAUUUUUACCAAGUCUAGUUGUCUUCCCUGUCCUCCAGGCCAAAGAUUAGAAUAAUUAGCAGAAACAGAACUGUGGAGAAGAUCUUGGAUUUGGAGUUUAGCAAAGCCUUGGAGGAAGGAGGUGGCAUCUCCUUCCCUGGGGCUUGGUAAGAACAGAUGAGACAAAUGGUGUUUGCUGUGGGCACGUCCCACCCUGUGGAGCUUCACUCAAAAUCCAGUAGAGUAACCCAGAUAUUUUCUUCCCUGUGAUGCCUCCCACAGCAUCCCUGGGGGCCUUGGUGGCUUCUUUCCCUCGCUUUUUUAUUUUUGUUUGCCACAGAAGUGACUGAUUUGUGGUCCUUGAAGGACUGGCAGUGCUUGGGUUGUGUUUCUGUCACCUCCCUGGGCUGCAGGCGGGGUCUGAUCCCAUUUUUGCCAGGCACUGGAGGAUUGCUGCUGAAAGACAAACUUUGUGUCAGGGGGAAGAUAAACCAAAGGAGACUGAGCAGAGGGGGGACAGGGAAAGGCACAAGACACAAGCAAGUGGCACUGGGGCAGAAUUAACACAGCAUUGCUAAAUAUAUGCUUUGGAUGGAUUUCAUUUUUAACUUUGGGCUGAGAUAAGGGCCAGCAAGGCUGAUGGGGAAGGAGUUUCCUCACCCCUCCACAAGCUUCUACAUUGCCCUGAAGCAUUUGCAAAAAUAUUAAGAGCUGCUGGGAUAAAGAAAGUGAUGUAAAAACCCGUGCUGUCAAGGAGUUUUAUUUAUUAUCUGUGCUCAUGGUGCUAUAAUCACUAUUCCUCCUCAAUUUUUCUUUUUUCCUUUUGUAAAAAUAAGUAAAUGUAAGGAGUCUCCUUUCCACUUUUUUACCCUGGGGAGGCAGUGAGAGGGAAGGAGGUGUGUCCUCACCACCAGCCAAGGCCACCACUGCCCACCCUUGGGGUGAGCAUCCUCUCCCAUGCCCGUGGGAGACCUGGGACCUGCUCCUCCCUCCUGAGAUGAUGCUGGGGUUCAGAGACAAGGUUCUGUGAGCUGAGGGAGGGUUGUCCUUUCUGCCCAUGCCUAAAUUCCUGCAGCUCCAGAGGGCCCUCAAAGGCUUAAAAGUCUCCCACCACAUAGGAAGUUGUGUUCCCUCUUUGUCUCUCUCUCACCGAGUUCAAGGAGGCUUAACAAGUCACUGGGGACAGAAACAAUAAUAUCUCUGUAUCUAAUGCUUACUGUAAGCAAAAGAUGGAUUACAAAAUAGGCUGUUUAUUUUUAAUUAUUAAUGUGUUUGUGCUAGCAAACCUUCGCAGAGUUACACAUUGUUUGUCACGGAUGGGAAAGGGGAUGAACUAUUUGGCAAUAGUAUUAAAAACAAUAAUUAUUCAUCCUGGGCAUGGCCAUUUUUUUUUUUUUCCCCCUAGUGUACAAUAAAAAUUUUUCAAAGUAUAUGCUGAGGCAAGGCCAGAAAGCGUUGUCCUGAAGCAAAGGGUGGCAGAAAUCAGGGUUUUUCUCCUAGUUCAGUGAAAAAAUUUUGCUUCACUGCCCUGCUCUCCUCUCCCCAAGGAUUCACCAGGGAAAAUGCCUCCCUGGACUAUUUACAGCCCUCUCCUUGCACUGCACCAGAGGAAUUAUCUGCCUCCUCCAGCCCUCAGCUAAUCCCUAAAUUGCAUCUCUGCUGCAAAGCUGAGUUUAUUUUCAUUCCAUCAUCUCGUAGUUUUAAGUAUUACGAGGAAUAAAAUGGACAUGCAAAGUGGUGCUUUAAUUUUCAAGGGCAGUAAAGUGUUUUAUUUUUAGGAUGCUCUUAUUGAGGAAAGAAUCUCUGGCAGGUCUUAUCUGGUGGCUAAUAAUAGUGACCUGGUGUGCCCUGAGUGCUGCUGCCCUGCCCUUCUCACGCCUCCUGCUUACCCUGGGUGCUUCUGAUCAGCUCAUUAGGGCUGCCAAAAUUACAGGCUCUAAUAAUGUAAUAGCAAGGUUUGCUCGCAGUAAUUAACUCCUCGCACCGCGUGUUUUUGCUGGAAGGGUGACGUUGGUAAUUAGAGAGCACAAAUAUUUACUGUAAGCAGGUUUUCCUCUGCAGGCUUUAGGAAACCAUCUGUGUGUCACCCUGUUGAAUAUCACAUUAGAAAAUACUGAGGAGGGGCAGCUUGCUCUGAGAACCCUUUUUGGGUAUAAACACCCCGUUUUCAGGCUCUUCCUGCUCUCAGUUUCAAUAUAAAUCUUGCUUCCUAGGAGCUUUUUGGUUUUUGUGUGGUCUGUUUAUUGAUAACAAAUGGAUCCCACGCUGAAUUUGUUUCACAUCAUUAAAUACAAUUUCCCCAGUGACAGUGGGGCUGCUCCUCCCAGUUUAUGGUUAUGGUUUUUCCCUGAACUCAGGAGAUAAACAUCAGCACCUCAAUGCACCAAGUGCAUUUUUUUAAAAAAAAAAGCCAUGUUGAAGUUUCCAUCUUUCCUAAAAGCAGAAUUUGCUCCUGCAGUCCAGCAGUGUUCCUGCAGCUUGUCAUCAAAGCAAGAAGCAUGCUGGAGGAAGUAUAAAUAGAAAUUCAUUUUAGUAAUGCAAAUCCCACAGUCCUAUUUUGGGCAGGGAAAAUCCCCACACCAUUUUUUUAAAAAAGAAGUGUGAUGGUCUAGUUUUAAGACUAGGCUUAUGAGGGAUUUUGUCUACCAGUGUGUUGUGGUGGAGAUUCUCCUCUGCCAUUUAAAUAUAUCUGUUUCUGAUUAAUCUAGCUUUUACAUGCUAUAAAUCCUUGCAAAUUAGCUCGGGAUAUGACCUCCUCCAGCAACUCACUCUGUUUUAUUUAGUGGAGUGGUUUUGGCAGAUAAGUCCCCUCUUUUCUGCCUUCUAUGACUCCACUGGGAAAACAGUGAAGAGACAAAAACUUUGAAAUAUUUCACACCCUCAUCUUCUGUUUUUUUUCCCUUCAGACGUGGCUUUUUUGCUUAUAGCCCCCUAAGCUGCUUGUGUGACCCCUGCUGCACCGUUUAGUGACUUUGCAAUGCUCUCUCUCUCUCUAAUAGUUGGUGAACACCAGCUGACAGGGCACAAAGUAGCAGUGAAAAUACUGAACAGGCAGAAAAUCCGCAGCCUGGAUGUGGUGGGGAAGAUCAAGCGAGAAAUUCAGAACCUGAAGCUCUUCCGGCACCCUCACAUUAUCAAGCUGUACCAGGUCAUCAGCACACCAACAGACUUCUUCAUGGUCAUGGAAUACGUGUCCGGCGGGGAAUUGUUUGAUUACAUCUGUAAGCACGGACGUGUCGAGGAGGCAGAAGCUCGACGCCUUUUCCAGCAGAUCCUGUCGGCAGUGGAUUACUGCCACAGGCACAUGGUUGUGCACAGGGACCUGAAGCCAGAGAACGUGCUGCUGGAUGCACACAUGAAUGCCAAGAUAGCUGAUUUUGGACUGUCCAACAUGAUGUCAGAUGGUGAAUUUCUCCGCACCAGCUGUGGUUCCCCAAAUUAUGCAGCCCCUGAAGUCAUCUCUGGAAGGCUCUAUGCUGGCCCAGAGGUGGACAUCUGGAGCUGUGGUGUCAUCCUCUACGCCCUCCUGUGUGGCACUCUGCCUUUUGACGACGAGCACGUCCCCACCCUGUUCAAGAAGAUCCGUGGGGGAGUGUUUUACAUCCCUGAAUACCUGAACCGCUCCGUGGCCACGCUCCUCAUGCACAUGCUGCAGGUGGACCCCCUCAAGAGAGCCACCAUCAAGGACAUCAGGGAACACGAGUGGUUCAAGGAGGAGCUGCCCAGUUACCUGUUCCCAGAGGACCCGUCCUACGACGCCACGGUGAUCGACGACGAGGCGGUGCGGGAGGUGUGCGAGAAGUUCGAGUGCACGGAGUCGGAGGUGAUGAACAGCCUGUACAGCGGCGACCCCCAGGACCAGCUGGCCGUGGCCUACCACCUGGUCAUCGACAACCGCCGCAUCAUGAACCAGGCCAGCGAGUUCUACCUGGCCUCCAGCCCCCCCACCGGCUCCUUCAUGGACGACAGCUCCCUGCACAUCCCUCCGGGCGUGAAGCCGCACCCCGAGCGGAUGCCGCCGCUCAUCGCCGACAGCCCCAAAGCCCGCUGUCCCCUGGACGCCCUCAACACCACCAAGCCAAAGCCCCUGACUGUCAAAAAGGCCAAGUGGCACCUGGGGAUCCGCAGCCAGAGCAAGCCCUAUGACAUUAUGGCCGAGGUGUACCGGGCUAUGAAGCAGCUGGACUUUGAGUGGAAGGUGGUGAACGCCUACCACCUGCGGGUGCGCCGCAAGAACCCCGUCACCGGCAACUACGUGAAGAUGAGCCUGCAGCUCUACCAGGUGGACAACCGCAGCUACCUGCUGGACUUCAAAAGCAUCGAUGACGAGGUGAUGGAGCAGAGGUCUGGCUCCUCCACGCCCCAGCGCUCCUGCUCGGCCGCAGGCUUGCACCGGCCGCGCCUGAGCAUCGACGCGGCCGCGGCCGGCGAGUGCCAGUCUCUGAUGGGCUCCCUGAGCGGCUCCUUGGUGGGCAGCAUCCCCUCGGUGCCCCCACGCCUGGGCAGCCACACCAUGGACUUCUUUGAGAUGUGUGCCAGCCUCAUCAUGGCCCUGGCCCGCUGAUGGCACCGGCCCCUCUGCGCGCCGUGAGGAUCUGCGCCGACUCGUCCGCGCCUCCUUUCUUUUGCUCCCUUGUUCUUCCUCCUCCUCCCCACACUGCCGAGUCCAGACCCAAAACAUGCUUCCCUCUAGCGAGGCACCAAGGAAAUUAACUUCAUUUCCUCUCCUUGUGCCUGGCAAAAUGUAUCCAAUACCCCUUUGGUUUUCUUUCCUCGUGAAGCCCAUGGGGAGUGUCGAGGCUGUAACCUAACAAACGUAUCACGGAGUUUUUGGAAAACUUCUCCCCCCUGGUUCUCCCUGAGGAAAUGGAGGCAUAGCCAAGCUUCCUGCAGGGAGUUUGAUGUAGGGGCAGGAUGGGCUGAGCCAGGGUGGAGGGGCUGACCAGGAGCUCUGUGGAAUGGAGGGUGAUGAAGCAGCUCUGUUCACACCCAGGUACCAGCCUCCCUUAACACUUUUCUCCCCAAAGCAGCAGCUGCUUAGAUGCUUCUGCACUAGUGCAAUAUGACCUCCCUCCCCUCUCUUUUUCCCCUCUGCUAAAGAUGGGGAGGGAAGGUGGGAUGUGCAAAGGUCCUGCUGCAAAGCUGCCAUGGGGAGGCCUCCCCAUGUCCAGCCUUUGCAGAGGAGCGUCCCUAAGGUGCUUCAUUUCCUCCCGAGAGCUCCGGACAGCGCUGGCCCGCUCGCCACGCUCAGAGCCGAAGGCAGAUUGCCUUUUCCCCAGCCCUUAAUCCUCCCUCCAGCCUGCUCCCCCUCCCCUGCCUCACCACGGGCUCCACCUGGACCCCAAGCAGGGUUCAGGUGAGCAGAGGACAGGAUCUGGGUCACCCACCUGACAACCCAGUGCUUCACCCGAGGGCUGGCAUCGUCCCUGCCGGGCAGGAGCCAUCAGCAGCUCCGGAGCUCUCACCUCUCCCCUAGGAAGCUCUGCCUGUUGUCACCUCCCCAAAAUCACUGCCAAAUCUGCCUUUCCUGCUGCUGGACACUCACUGCUCCUGCCCAAGGGCUCUCCUCUCCUGCUGCUGCCCACUGGACCGUGACCUUCGCCACGCCGCUGACCAGGCAGGGAUAUCCCAACCCGGAAUUUUACUGUUCCUUUGCUACUGGCUACCUGAAGGAUGGGAUUUUAAUUUUUAAGACAAACAGCAGGGAUUUUUAAGGUUAAAUUCUUGUUACCCAAGGGUAAAACCCAAUGCAUGUGUGACUUCUUUGUUUUAAAGAGUUAUUAUUUUUUAUUACACGGGAUUAAUCUAAUGGGCAGCAUUGGCAUCUGCUUGGCUUUGACAUGGUAUUUAAUUCCAUUUACUUGAUUAUGAAGUAAUAGUCUAAUCAAGGAACAAAUGCUUUAUGAGAGCUUUGCCAAAAAAAUCCUGGGUGGGGGGGGUUUGGUUUU